UUUUUCAGUUGGGCUCUCGGCGCCUGCGGCUCUAGGCGGCGUGGGAAAGGACAGCAUGAACUUUACCCCGACGCAAUCCCCUGUCUGCAGAAAGCUGACGGCCCUCCCCAAGCAUGAGGCUGCCGGUGGCUUCAGUGGCCCCACCAGGUGGAAGGGGGUAUCUUUCUCCGAUUCUGUGCAGUCAACUCCCUUGCCUUCAGUGGAAGAUCGUCUGGCCAUCCUCUUCCCUUCUCAGGAGCUUCUAGAAUAUUAUCAGAAGAAGAUGUCUGAGUGUGAGGCAGAAAACGAGGGCCUGUUGAAGAAGCUGGAGCUGUACAGAGAGGCCUGCGAAGGGCAGCAUAAACUUGAAUGGGAUUUGCAGCAGAGGGAGGCAGAGAUUGCUGAGCUGCGGAAAGCUCUAAGCGACGUGCAGGUCUGCCUCUUCCAGGAGCGGGAGCAUGUCUUACGCCUCUACUCAGAAAACGACCGACUGAGAAUCAGGGAGCUAGAAGACAAGAAAAAGAUUCAGAAUCUCUUGGCUCUUGUGGGAACAGACAUUGGAGAAGUGACCUAUUUUUAUAAGGAGCCUCCCAACAAAGUCAGCAUUCUCCAAAAGACUAUCCAGGCUGUAGAAGUAUGUGAACAGAAUGAAUCUUCAGCUUUCAGAGCAGAUUCUAAAGGCAGCAGGAGAAAACCAGCAGUGAGACAGAAGGAGGAGAGUGCCCAGCUGCACCAGAGGGACGUGCAGACCCUCAUCCUGCAGGUGGAAGCGCUGCAGGCCCAGCUGGAGGAGCGGAGCAGGCUCUCGCAGGAGCAGGUGGCGGGGCUCGUGGAGGAGAGGCGGAUCUGCAUGGAGGAAGUGCAAGCCCAUCAGCAGAGGGAUCGGGAGAGAGUCGCAGAGCUCACCAGAAAUCUCCAUCACACCAAGGAACUGCUCUAUGAGAGCACCAAAGACUUUUUGCAACUCAAAUUUGAAAACCAAAAUAAGGAGAAGUCCUGGAUGCUCGAAAAGGAUCAUUUGAUGUCAAAGAUUAAGCAAUACAGGGUGCAGUGUAAGAAGAAAGAAGAUAAAACUGGAAAAGUUUGGCCAGUUCAUGAGAGUCAUUACAACCAAAAUCAAUACAUUAAGUCCCUGAAGGAAAAGAUAGUACAAGAGGAAAAGCUGUCCAGCAUGUACCAAGAGCAGUGCAUUUCCCUAGAAGAGGAACUUGCCCAGAUUCGUGAGGAGGAGGGAGUGAGGAGAGAGAUCUUUAAGGACCGCACCAGCAAGAUGGGGAGGCGUCUACAGGUCAUGACGAAACGCUACGAGGCCUUGGAGAACCGGCGUGUCUUGGAAGUAGAAGGCUUUAAGACAGAUAUUAAGGCUCUCAAGCAAAAACUGAAAGACUUGGAGCAGAUGCUCUAUAAGGCAACACUUAACACCCGGGCAAACCAGGAUCUUGCCAUCCUGUGUGAGGUUCGUGACAGCAACAGACGGGCACAUAAGAUACAGGGAGAACUGAAGAACCUCAAGUCCAAAGUAUUCAGCCUGGAGAACGAACUUAGACUCUGCUGAUGUUUACUUUUUAGGAUUGGCACACGUCUGGAGUAGGUCUGCUUCCUGAAAUGUGAGGAAAAGGUCACCUUCUCCCAGAAACCGUAGGCACAGAGUUGUCUAGAGUAGUGGUAUCCAUUGUUAUAAAGGCAAGGUGAAGAUCAGCUUUUUUUGCAUCCUAAGCUUUAUGAAUUUUGCUGUCCUGUUAACCUUUUCUGUGUGUUUUUUUUUUUUGGUGGGGUGGGGCUGGGGGUGUGAUUUGGUCUGGAUUAUAAUCUGAAUUACUUACAGACUUUCCCACAUUAUUUCUCCCAUUUAUAAUGACAGGGUUUUUUUUGUUUUUGUUUUUUUUAAGAAGACAGUGACAGAAAAGAAAGCAUUUUUGCUGUGAGCUUGGCUGAGUGUUAGUGGGAGGAGCGCCUACCCCAGGAGAUAAAGACGCCCGUCUCAGUUUGCCUUUCUCCUGGGCGGUGGACAAAGGCUGCAAAUCACAGCCCGUCAAAUGCGAAUAGGCCGCAGUUCUGUCAGCCCUGAGCUGUAGGGCCUGAGUUCCUUUCUGGACACCCAAUCUCAGGAAGUUUCACCAGAGGGCACCAGAGGCCCUACUCUUAAGCAAAAUGUUUGUUUAGGAAAGGAAAGGUGCCACUUUAGUAAGCAUGAGUGAAACUUCAAUGAUCCUUGUAUGAAAAUUUCAGUAUUUUACCAGUACUAUGGUUUUUUAAAAACAAUGUAUAUAUUUUAAGUUAACUAUUUUUCAAUAAAGUAUAUAAUUGAAAAUAUUCUGUUUGAGUUUUCUAUAAUUUCUUGUUAAAACCACGUUUAUACUUUAUUGAUGACUCAGUUUACUUACCUAGUCCAUGGUUUCUACAGUGCUGUACAAGUAUUAAAAUUCUCCUAAAUGCAUCCCUUGAAAUCGUCUCGUUUUGGAGGUAGCAAAGAUAGUAUAAGAUGACGACGCUAAAACCGUAUCCAUUUUUUCCAUCUCUGUCCUUUUUCUCGGCAAAUAGCUGUGCACUUGGGGCAAAGUCGUUGUGAAUGUACCUGGACAGCCUCUGGGAAUUCAGUUGGUCUUGGCUUAGUAUAGCAUCAUUCUGUUACCCACGACAAAGGAAAGAACUCAGGGUUUCAUAUUUGUGUUAAGGAAAAGUGGUGAUUAAACUGUCAGUAGGAGAUACUGCUUUUUUUUUUUUUUUUCCCCAAAGCCUAUGAUAGCAGAUCAAGUGCCUUUCGCUAAUAAACUGAGACAAAUUCCCAGAGGGACCAGGGCUUCAGAGGGAUGUACGUCAGUGGGUGGUGCUUCCUUUUAUCCUAAUAACACUUAAGGCCUUAGCUAUCCAUGACUGUUGCUGUUUUGAUGCUGGGCAAAACAAAAAGGCUUAUCAAAUCACAGGAUUUCAGAAUAAGAAGGAAUCUUAGAGAUUUUACUUCAUAUGCGACUUAGGCCUACCCCCACUGGGUUCAGCAAUGAGUCAAUAAGGUUUCUAGCACCCUGGCCUCAAUUCCAGCGACGUUCAUCGGUGUUCAUAUUAACCACACACUAGUGUAGCCGCUCUCUAAACCUCAUUGUCAGUUAAAGCUACUCCAUCACCAAGAGGCAGUAAAGAGUAGUAGGAAGAGCACAGGCUUUGGAGACUCACAGAUGUAGGUUCCGUUCAGCCUCUCACCAGAAUUCCAGGCUCUAGUCUCUACCUAAACAAUGGAGAUCAAGCUACCUGCUUA